AUGGGGCACGGGGGGGCAGGCGGGAUUAGCAGCGAGAAGGGUUACGGGAAUACGCAGCGAGACGGUGGGGGGGAGAGGGGGGGGAAUACGCAGCGAGACGGUGGGGGGGAGAGGGGGGGGAUACGCAGCGAGACGGUGGGGGGGAGAGGGGGGGGAAAUACGCAGCGAGACGGUGGGGGGGAGAGGGGGGGGAAUACGCAGCGAGACGGUGGGGGGGAGAGGGGGGGGAAUACGCAGCGAGACGGUGGGGGGGAGAGGGGGGGGAAUACGCAGCGAGACGGUGGGGGGGAGAGGGGGGGGAAUACGCAGCGAGACGGUGGGGGGGAGAGGGGGGGGAAUACGCAGCGAGACGGUGGGGGGGAGAGGGGGGAAUUAGCAGCGAGACGAGGGGGGGGGGGAGGGAAUAAGCAGCGAGGGAGGGAGGGGGGGGGGGUGAAGGAAGCAGCGAGAGGGGGGAGGGGAGGGAAUAAGCCUCCGGUGUUGGGUCUCUCUACCCCGCCACUUCGCAACUCCGGCCCCCGCACAGUGCCACUUCCUAUUCAUCUCUCCCGCGCCCUCCCUCCCCCCUUGAACACAUCUGUGCUCAUCCUCGGAGAGCACCUUCUAUCCCCUCCUUCCCCCCCUCUCAAAACGUACCCCUUUCACAUGUCUCCCUUGCACCUCUGUGUACUUCCGUCUCUGCCUCACGCCCUUCUUCCCCCUCCCCACUCUUUUCCUCCCCUCUCCCUUCCAUCUCUCCCUCGCUCCUUAACUCUCCAUGGGGGGUCAAUGAGGAGCGCCAGGCCAGGCAUGCACCACGCGCACGGGUCGCCGUGGGUCGCCAUCUCUGCUAAGCGCCCGGGGGGGCUCUGGCGCCCCGCCAACGCCGCCAUGCCGCCCGCCAAGGCGGCCAGCCCCGGCGCCCGGCCGCUGGCAGUGUCGCGUGCGCGGUGGCG